CAUUCAACAAUGACCAGCCUCUCGGAGAAGGACAAGGCCACAGUCCGAGCCUUCUGGGCCCAAUGCCAACCUCAAACCGAGCUCAUCGGCAGGGAAGCUCUGGCCAGGAUGAUUGUGGUGUAUCCUCAAACCAAGACUUACUUCGCUCACUGGAAUGACCUCACCCCAAAUUCCCCUAACGUGAUCAAGCAUGGUAUCACUAUUAUGAAGGCAGUGGGAGAUGCUGUGUCAAAAAUCGAUGACUUGAAGAGUGGCCUAUUUAAUCUGAGUGAACUACACGCAUUCACUCUCCGUGUGGAUCCUGCCAACUUCAAGGUCUUAACCCAUUGCAUAAUGGUGGUUUUGGCCAUGCUCUUCCCAACUGACUUCACCCCUGAGGUCCACAUGUCCUUUGACAAAUUCUUGGCUGCAGUGUCUUUGUCUCUGUCAGAGAAAUACAGAUAAACUCCA